AUGCUGUCGUUUCUCUUUUGCCGUCUUGUACGUAUCUUCGCCAAAGACAUCUGUCUUCUAUUGACGCCUUGCUUGGACACUUUUUUUUCUCCAAAGCAGACGGCAUCUUCGUUUGGAGUUAAUACAUUGGCAGAAAAAAAAAAUAGUUAUUUUAUCUUAUUCCCUAUCAAAACUUCACCUCUCGAUUCUUACCUUUAUUAUUAUUAUUAUUAUUAUUAUUAUUAUUAUUAUUAUUAUUAUUCACCUUUGCCUUUUCCUUCUUUAUCGUCAUCUUCUUCAUUUUCUACUUUUCCAUCCUAUUCACCAUCAUCUUCUUCUUCCCAUCAUUAUUAUUUAUUCAUUCCUCUGCCUUUUCCUUCUUCUUUAUCCUCAUCUUCUUCAUUUUCUACUUCUCCAUCCUAUUCACCAUCAUCAUCUUCUUCUUUUCCUCAUCUUCUUCAUUUCUACUUCUCCAUCCUAUUCACCAUCAUUCCCAUUAUUAUUAUUAUUAUUAUUAUUAUUAUUCCCUCUGCCUUUUCCUUCUUCUUUAUCCUCAUCUUCUUCAUUUUCUACUUCUCCAUCCUAUUCAACAUCAUCUUCUUCUUCCCAUUAUUAUUAUUAUUAUUAUUAUUAUUAUUAUUAUUAUUAUUAUUCCCCUCUUUUCCUUCUUCUUUUCCUCAUCUUCUUCAUUUUUACUUCCAUCCUAUUCACCUUCUUUCAUUAUUAUUAUUAUUUUCCAUCAUCAUUUUAUAUCUCUGCGGAAGACCUUAUUCCCAUUAUUAUUAUUAUUAUUAUUAUUCCAAUUUUCUGCCUUUUCCUUCUUCAUUUUUUAAUCCACCUCAUUCUUGUUUUCUUCUUCAUUUUCAUUGCUCAAUUGGACAUUCACUGGUUUUUUUGACAAUAAUCUCAAUUUUUCUUCAUCCCUCAUUAUUAUUAUUAUUAUUAUUAUUCACCUCUGCCUUUUCUUCUUCUUUAUCCUCAUCUUCUUCAUCUUCUCCAUCCUAUUCAACAUCAUCUUCUUCUUCCCAUUAUUAUUAUUAUUAUUAUUACUCCCCUCUGCCUUUUCCUUCUUCUUUAUCCUCAUCUUCUUCAUUUUCUACUUCUCCAUCCUAUUCACCAUCAUCUUCUUCUUCUCAUUAUUAUUAUUAUUAUUAUUAUUUCUAUUUUCUGACCUUUAAUAUUCUUUUCUCCAUCAGCACUUACGUCUUCUCCUCACCGAAUAUAACGCUGAUUCCUCUGAGAGGACUUUGA